CUAUAAAGUCUACUUUCUGAAUGUUUGUGGAGGGAGGGAUAAAGCUGGCCAAUGAGGCGUAUAUAUAAGAUUCAUUCUGCCGGAUUUCUUUACAAAUCUUUACAAACCCUCAACAUGUUGCGAUACUCGACACUCGUACUCCUGCUGGCCCUCGUUGGCAUGUGCCUUGCCGCCGCAGUUCCGGCACCGAUUCCCGCCGCUGCCAAUGAUGACUUGGAAACCGCUGCCUCGGCUCGAGCUCAGUUUGGCUAUGGUGGAUAUGGCGGACAUGGUGGAUACGGCCACGGAGGACACGGAGGAUACGGACACGGUGGAUACGGACACGGUGGAUACGGACACGGUGGAUAUGGUCACGGUGGAUAUGGUCACGGAGGAUACGGUCACGGUGUAUACGGACACGGCCACCACGGACAUCACGGUGGACACGGAGGCUACGGUGGAUAUGGUGGAUAUGGUGGAUACGGAGGAUACGGUGGAUACCCCGGUUUCGGUAUCUACCUCGGCUAAUCCGCCAAGACCAUAUUAAUAACGACCCUAAGAUCAUAAUGUGAAGUGAUCUGAAAUUUUACACAGACACUUCUUUUUUGUCAUCGAAUCAGUUUUCUCAAGAACAUUCCGCAGAAGUGGAGACAAGUAUUAAUUUAGCUGUAAUUACAUACUUGUGUAGCGCAUAUAGAUAAGUAGAACGAAAGUUAAUGUAUAAACAAAAAUAAGACUGCAAGUCCUCUUUUUAAGUCUUGCAAUGUAAAUAAAUUAAUUAUAAACGUAA